CAGCUUUUCAUACACUCUCCCUUGGCUUAUCGUCAUGUCAUCCUUUCCCGACUAUUAUACCUUGCUGAAUGUCCCAAGAACGGCAACCACAGACGAGAUACGACAGGCAUACAAGAGAGAAUCACUCAAGACCCAUCCAGAUCGUCUGACGAGGGCGUCGCCUGCUGAAAAGCAGGCUGCUACGGAGAAGUUCCAAGCAGUCGCGGACGCGUAUUACGUACUCUCGGACUCCCAAAGACGAAAGGAGUACGACCACCUCUACGGCGCACGAGCAGAGUCAGAGAAGACGGCUGAGGACCCCGGAGCAUCCGCAAAUUUCUUCUCAACGUUCGCCAACAUGUUCGCAGGGGCAGGGGCAGGGCCGACCCCCCAGCCAGAUGCAAAUGCUGCCGGUCAACGCCCCGAUGCUAACGGCGUCUUCACGGAUGUCUUCGAAGAGUUGUUACGUCCGGAGGUUGAACGGCAUGCGAACUGGUGGUCUUAUCUUGGCGCUGCAAGCGGGGCCGGCAUAGGAUUCAUUAUAGCCAACAUUCCCGGACUCAUGGUUGGCGCUUACGGCGGGAAGAAGCUCGGCCAAAUACGCGACGCGAAGGGCAAAGCCGUUGGUGCCGUGUUUAUGGAGCUGGGUAAUGACCAGAAGGCCGAGAUUCUGCGUGCGCUGGCAAUGAAGGUGCUCGGAACUGCCAUGGCGUAGUACAAUAUACGAGGCCCCAAUGCUACUCAUACCCAUCGCUGCUUAUUUCUAGUAUCUGCGGAUUGUACGGAUAUGUAUAAGUACAAUAUAAUAUAUCUUUGAAUACGA